AUGGCAUCAAGGCAUAGUAACAGCUACUACAUUCUUGGCGUCGCAUUUGUAAUAGCCGCACUAUGCGUGCAAUUUUGGCUAUAUCAUCCUCCCAAUUUCAACAUUGAGGCUGUGCUCAGUGGUCUGUAUCGGCUAGAGGCCUCCUACCGGCCUUUCCCACAGCCGCAACCAGGUCCUCUUGUAAUGGUCGGAUUUGGGGGUUGUAUGGACGCCACUGUCAAUGCUCUUACCUUCUUUGAGUCCCUUGGUGCAGCAUCCUACACCGUAAAACACUCGCAACGUUCUCAGGGCGCAUCGUUUGAAUUGAACACUCUGGAGGAUGUUAUUAAUGAUUUCUCUCAAAUGUUCGCUGCUGGUGCAGCAGCAGAACGAUACGUAAGAAAUCAAUCAUUGUUCGAAUUUAUGGUCACAAAAGCUAUUGCUACCGUGACAAAUCCUAAUCGUCUACGAGAGACCGCUGAGCGCGGCACCUUGAGCCUGGGUGGCAACGCUCCUGUUAUGGCCACAAGAUUGGCAAGGGAAGGGGCAGAGGUUACUCUUGUAGCUCGCUUGUCGUCUCGUGAAACCCAAGCUCUGCCUUCGUCAGUUAGAGGUGGGAAAGUAAAGAUGAAUGUCCCUUUCUUUUCGUUAGAUUGCGUGACUUUGGAUGCUUUUCCUUUAGUCUUGACGGCGCCGCCUAACUUUGACUUGCCAGAAACUCCGAAAACGGAUGUACACCUUGUGCUGGAGUACGACAAGGACGCGGUUUGGUUCAACAUCACUGCUCCGCGAGCUAAUCGGUACAUUUUGAUUCGGGAUGAGGAGAACCCGCGGCUGAGCAGCCUGUGGCCUGGCCUCAUGUCGUCCUGGCGCAAGUGGGGCAACCAUGGAGGCGGAUCGGGAAGGGAUGAGUCAAUCUUUCCUGACCUUCUCGUAGUGGGUGGCCUGCAGACCAUGGAUAAUGCUGUUAUCGCGCCUGAUAUCCGUGGGGAGAGAAUGGAGGCAUUGAAACACUUUCUGGCCGUGGAGACACCUCGUUCUACGUUGAUCCACUUUGAGAUGGCCUCCUUCGUGGAUACCAAUUUUGCGGCCAAUUUAACUCGCACUCUUCUUCCUUACGUGGACUCGAUUGGUCUGAAUGAGCAGGAGCUGCCAAAUCUUCGCAGCCUCCUCUCAGAGGGUCGAGUGGUCUCUCAAGCAAGCGCGUCAACACCUCGUGUUGCAGUGAUGUUGGAUGAGAUGCGAGAAAUCUGGAGCAUACUUGCCCCUUCCACUCGCCUACCUCGAGUGGGAGUGGGUUUGCGUCGACUCUCUCGGCUUCACCUACACACUCUGGGUUACCAGAUUGUCAUGGUGCGACGGCCUGCUGCCCCCAAGAAUAUUGACACCACCGCCACGAACAGGGACUUUGAAUUCAACCAAAGAGCCAUAGAACUAGGUUUUGCGUGGCCCUUUGCUAGGGCUGCUGCGGCAAAGGCCAGUCUGAUCGCACACCGUCACACCUGCGCUACAGCCUCAAUUGAUCCUGAGUUGACUCGCCUACUGAUGGACGACAGUUUCGCAGUGACGGCAGACCCAGUCAGGUGGCCCUCGACAUUGCGUGACGGUGUUGUACCACGGAUUCGAUUUGAUUCCUCUGAUCCCGUCUCUUGCUGGUUUGAGGCGGAGCCCACAGCAUCAGUGGAGGGUGAAGGCAGCAGACCUCCUGGAGGCGACCCAUCAACGCGAGUAGAGAUCUGUAUUGCUCCGGUACCCGUUUGCCGCCGAGUAACACGCACCGUUGGUGGUGGUGAUAACAUCUCUGCGGCGGCGUUGAGGAUCCAAUUAGUGGAACGGAAACGCCGUUCUGGGUGA